AUGGCCCCUAUCGGAGUGGCUAUUGUUGGCGGUGGCAUCUUUGCCAAGGAACAGCAUCUGCCGGCCGUGGAAGCGAGCGACCAACUCACACUCAAGGCCAUUUAUUCGCGGUCCCGCAAGUCCGCCGAGGAUACGGCGAAGCUCGCCACCAAUUCCGCGUCGCCCGACCUGUACUCCGACGACUCGGGCGACGGCAAGUCGUUCAAGGACCUCCUUGCCCGCGACGAUAUCCAGGCCCUUAUCCUAGCCCUGCCCAUUGUCAAUCAGCCCGAAUAUAUUGAGCAAGCACUCGCUGCCGGCAAGCACGUCUUGGCCGAGAAGCCCAUCGCCCCCGACGUCGCUCGGGCUCAGAAGCUGAUCGACUACUACAACAAGGUCUCUGCUGAAAAGGGCGUCACCUUCGCUGUCGCCGAGAACUACCGUUUUCAGCCCCGCUACACUGCGGCACGGGAUGAGGUACAGGCACUGGGCAAAAUCACCGGCUUCAACGUAAGGGUUUUCUUCUACGUGCAACUGGGUGGCAAAUACAUCGAGACAGCGUGGCGUAAAAAGCCAGACUACCAGGGUGGCUUCCUCCUCGACGGUGGCGUCCACUUUGCAGCCGCGCUCCGGCUGCUACUCGGCAAGGAGGCGGCGCCGGACUCGGUUGCCGCCUUCUCGGACCUGACCCAGGAGCACUUGCCCCCCAUCGACACCAUCAAUGCUGUCAUUAGGACCAGAUCGGGCGCCACAGGCUCCUUUGCUGUCAGCGUCGGCUCAUCCUUGAGCGCUUUCGAUUUCCAGGUGGCGGGAGAGAAAGGCAGUGUCACCCUGUCGGGCCAUGACCUCACUGUCAAGCCUUUCGAUGGCGAAGCACGGACAAUCCAGUUCGAGCAGACGAGUGGUGUCAAGGAAGAGGUCAAGGCAUGGGCGGAAGGUUUGGUAGCCGGGAGGCCGAACCCGUUGCAGUCUCCCGAGGAGGCCUUGGCCGACCUCGAGCUCCUUGAGAAGAUUUUCAAGAGUGGUGAAAAGGAUGGUGCGGUCCAGAAGCUGCAGUUACAAUAG